CCCUGAUCAAGAACAUGAAGCUCUUUCCCCUCUUCACAACUGCGUCCUGCUUCACGCCCCCAGGUCCCUCUUUCUUUGUACUACAAGUGAUGAAGUUUUUUUUCCAGAUCACAUGAGCCAGGAUGAAGGGGGAAAAUCCUGCCAGGAACAGAGAUGGGCUGCAACUUCAACCUGAUCAGGGGGAGAUACAGAGCAGUACCCUGAGAGCUAUAUAAGAAUGUGCUCAGCACAAGAGCAAACACUUUUUCAGGUGAAGGACUCUCAUGAAUCAGCCAUGCAUGUGAAUGAAGACGCUGUUUCAAGGAGGCUUGGGGCCACUAACAAAACAUGUUUGUAUUUCAUCAUCGCUACCCUUGUUGCGUUACUCGUCUUUGCAUUAGCCACCAUCAUGGUCUUAGUCGUUCAGAGGACGGCAGCUGAUCCUGCCAUGGAGGCCAUCGCAAAACCUAUCAGCACAGGGAACACGUCCGAAGACUAUUUAAGAAUCCUACAGAAUGUCCCGACCAAGACAGCCGCUGCGUACGUGAGAGUGUCCAAUCCAGUAAACAGUUCAAAACUGAGCUUGUUUGAGAAGGGUAUUUGUAAAGACAUCCAGUGCAAGAGGGAAGAGCUGGUGAUACAGAAACAAGGCAUCUACUUGAUCUAUUGCCACUUGAACUUUCAUUUUCCCAACUGUUCAAACAGCCCAACUGACCUCAAGAUAGAGCUCCUCGUGAAUGACAAAGUCAACAGGCAAACAUUAUCCACAUGGUGUGCAUCAGAAACGUGCCAAGAAAAGACUUUUAAGACCUUGUUCUAUCUACAUUUGACAUACCUGAAUGUGAAGGACCGAAUAUCAGUAACACUUAAUCAUCCUAAAUUCUUGAAUGAAAUUUCUCUUCCCAAUGAAAAUGUUCUUGGGGUCUUGAGGUACAGUGAUGAUAUGUGAGCAGCUCUCUGACUUCCCACUGCUGCCCAGACUUUCUCUGAACAACAGUAGCCUGCUUUUACUAGGCAACACCUUGUUUUAAAUUUCCUAUCUUACCUCAUCACUAGGGUCAACAAGGAACUUUGUGAGUGUCCCAGAACAAAACCUAAAACACUGCAAGACCCACACCUGACAGAUUCCUCUGGUUUGGCUCAGGGUAGGAUUUUUGUUGGACUAUCCAGCAUGUAGCUCACAGAUCUGCCAACGGUUCCUCAAAACAAUACUGUGUAAACACAGAUUAAAAUGUAACCAGGUUAUGGGAAGAAUACGCACUAUUGAGAUUUUUUUGCUAAUGGAAUGCUGGCAAGGUGCCUGUGCUCAGGAGAUGGGGAAAUCUUUUUUAACUGAAUUUUAUGAAGUAGUAUUUUGACGUGGUCUUUCCAAAAAACUAACAGUGAAAGCUUGUAAUCAAGGCUUUCUUUACAACUGGAGCAUGCAACCACAACUGUGGAGCAGAUUUAUGGAUAGAUUGUACAAAAGCAAAGAUGAUGAAAUUAUUGACUCUGAGGUUGUAGCUAAAACUUUGGGACAGGACAUAGGAGAUACAGGACUUACAGGGUAUUUUCAUGCUGCCUUCUGCUAUGGACUUUAUGCAAUUCACUUCCAAAUGUCUUUCUUUUCACUAUUUAUCCAUCUUUUCUAUUUAAAUAUUAAGCUCUUUGGGGCAGAGACUUUGUAUAUGCACAGUGCUCAGCCUCUGCCCUCACCUGGGGUUUCUAGACCUUUUCAUAACGAAUAUGAAAAUAGUAACCUAGUUGCAAAUGUAGCCACAUAACAAAGUGCAUUACGAUACAUUUUCCUCCAACCCUAUCCUGCCUGUUUGGCAGUACCCGGCGUGACACCAGACCACACUGGUGUGCAAAUACACGUCUAACAUCUGCACUUUCUGGAAAUCCAAGAUUUAGAUCCGAGGUCCGGACUUUCCCAAAGACAACUUCAGAUCUGGCCCUCAUCUGAGAGCUGUGGUGUUUGGGCAGUCCACGGGAUAGAUGUUAUUUGAGCUUCUUUGGCUUACUCAAAGCUUAGAUAAUGAAGGCAAAAAGAGUAAUCUCAGACCCUCUUAUUCUAUGAAUUGCAGUAACACAGGCAUUUAUUUGAAAUUUAAUUCUUACAGUGUGGGGAUGGAAGGGACCAAAAAGUUACAAAAGCUGGUACCAGUUCACUCGUUUGUCUUUUCCCUUCAUCCCUGUGAUCCAACUUAGGUCUCUUUUCACUGGUAUUCGAGUUUUUUGACUUGCGUACCUGUACCUUCUUUCCUUUACAUGACUAGAGCUCGGUGAGCUGAUCACAUCAAAACAUCUAGUCAUAGAUUUAGGUUCUGGCUUCAGAAACCCAGUGUUUUAUUAUUCAAGCUUAGUCGAUGUUGUCAACUGAUGUAGCUUAGUUUGUGUGUGCACACUCAAAAUACUCCUAACAGCAGAAAUUUGUUACUUGUGUUAUGUCACCAGAAACUGAUGGUACCUAUUGGUGAGGUUUCAGCCCAUUGACCAGAUGACUUCAGAAUACACAAGAAACUUUCAAAGGGUCAUGAGCAAUUGAUAUGAUUCAUUGCUAGAAAUACCUACUUUCUGUUUUGAUAAACGUUGAUUAAAACAAAAAUUCCUUUUGCUAUUAAUGGGUAGGAAGAAAAAAAAAAAAAGGAAAAGAAAAUUGAAUCCAUGUUUUCUUUCUUUCUUUUCACCUUAAAGAAAAGAAAUCUGUUUUUAUAACAGUCAGCUUAACCUGCCUAUGACAUUGUAACCCCCACUGGGACCUCCUCACCCCUCCAGGCCCUACAAAUCUCUCAUGUCUCUGAACAGGGAUUUUAACCUCUAUCUGCUUCCACCUUGAUACACAUGACUAAUGCCCAGAGAAGUUUAAGCAAGCCUGGCAGUCAGGAAUCAUAGCUCCUGAAUAUAGAAAAGGCAGCGAAUGAAUGAAAAUAUGCAUUUACUCUCAUCACACACACACACACACACCCCCGCCUUUCCCUGAAGGCUUUGAAUUGAAAGAGAAAGACCAUUCUUCAAAAAAAAAAAAAAAAAAAAGAAAAUCUCUACAUAGGAUGAUUUUAUUCUACUCUUUUGCCAGAUAGAGAAAAUCCUGACAAAGCAGUGCUAAGCUCCUCAGCGCCAGGCUUUUUAAUACCACAGAAUAAAGCAAUCUGGCCUCUACUCCAUUGCCUCUGAGAAAUAAGAAUAAAUUAUAGUCAUAAAGAGAACCCAUUAAUAGUGUGCGAUUUUGCCAUCCGUUAGAAAAAUGUUAAAUAGCUUUCACUGAAACAAGACCCUGAGCCAAGCAACAGCCUCCACGCUUUCUGGCAGACUCCAAGUCACUUCAUUCUUUCAUCCUUUUUCCUUCUCUUAUUUCCUAUUUUUUUGAAGCAGGUAAUUUUUCACAACAAUCCUAUACUAAAAAAAAAAGGUCCAGGUUGAUCCUUCACUGAAUGCCACAUCUUUUCAGCAACAUCAACAGCAAUGCGCUUUGUGGAACAACCCGUUCCCACGAUUUCAGCUUCACCGCUUGCAGCAGACGAGCUUUUCUGCAGGAGGGUCCUCACGGUCCUCACUCUUCUGAGGAGCACAUCAAGACCUACGGACCUUGCUCUGGUUCCCCACCACAGGGCUCAGCCCAUGAGAAAGGGGGGACUACUGAAAGCACUGAAGUCACGGAGAAAUUUUGAAAAUUAUUCCCCUUGUCCUCAGAUGUGGCAAACGUGUGGCUUUCUGUGCGUAUGCUCUAUUGCUAACUUGACCAGAAACAGGAAGCAUCAGCAAUCUCACGAGCAAGUCUGCUCUGUUGAGGUUUCUUGGCCCUUCUCAGACACUGAAAAAGUUGCACUUUUAAGCUGUUUUCUGCUUGGCUAAAGAGCAUCUAUGGGAGAUUAUAUAUGCCAUUGAUAGGAAAAAAUGUGUAUUAUUGGCUAAAUUCUGGCUGUUGUUAAUUGCUAUAGAAAAAAAUCAGUUUAACAGGGACUUAAAUUAGAAGUGAAGUCAAUGCAAUACACUUCCAUCCAAGCUCACCCGGGGGCAGCAAACCAAAAUCAGAUCAAAUUUAAUAUCAGAGAUUACAGAGUUGGAUCUGAACUUCACCAAAGCUGUGAAGACUUUGAAACCAGGAUUGCAAUUAGACUUCACAAGGCCUGAUAACACCUCCCGUGAAAUUGGCCUGAACCCAAACUCCUUAAAGCUUAGAUCUGAAAAUUAGGUCAUGGCUUAUCUGGCACAGAUUUGCUAUUUAGGCUACGCAAGCAUUUACUGAGGGCCUUGGGAAUUCUGCAUUUACUUCACUUCUGGUUUUGUUUCAUUUUAUUUUGGUCAGCACUUCCCACAGGGAAGAAAUACCAUAGUCACUUAGAGAGAAAUCCUUUACUGCACCAUGAGCCAAACCAGAGGCUGUGUGCUACCUAAAAAAGCACAGCUGUCCUAAAGAUCCCACUUGGAUCAAUAGUGCAUUGACCUUCUUCUGCAAGGUAACUACCUGACUCUGUGCUCCUCUUACACACUCAGAUGCCUUUGGAGAGCAAACAGCACUCUGCAAAAUCCUUGGCCACUUCCUCGUGCUCUUAAAUUAUUGUUCUUCAUAAUGUUAUUAGAUACAAAAAUUACAAGCACCUCUAUUUUUUUUUUUUUCAAGCCCCCUAUCCUUAAGGUAAAGUAAGAAACGGACUACUCAACAAAAAUAAGCAACCAAAAACCAAAAUAAAUAAGAAGCCUUUGCUUUUUGGGGCCUCUAACUAGGCCUUACUCACAGGUCUUUAAAAACUGGAAGUGAUACAACUUGUGCUUGGUGCAAAUAGCAAGGGAAAACCUCAAAGCAAAGGCAGCUUCUGUAGGAGGAAUAACUGUAAAAAUGCAAAUUCUGAUGAGCAACAGUUGUGACAGCAGGAGUUGCACUCAGUAACCUCAAAACCUCUUCCAGCCUUAGCUUUUUAUGGUUAUAAUAGGCUCAAUUUCAAGAAAGGACAAUGGACUGUGAGGAUACAGAGUCAUGGAAAAAUGUUUUGGAAGAGCACAUUCUGCAGCUGUGCCUUCCCCACAUCCCCCCACCCCCCCCCCCCCCCCCCCCGAGAAGCUGAGCUGAAGUGGUUUAAAUUCCCAAUUUUUCUUUUCAGUACUGAUCCCAGGAGCUUGAAGAUUUGGGGUGGAGGAGGGUAGAGAACAAAGAAGGACAGCACAGCACAUUCUAAAAUUCAGGUGCUUCCAAGGAGCGUGAAGGUGGUGAGCCCCCAGAGCCUGACAUUUGCAUCAGGGCUAGAGCCUUCAACACCUUCACGCUCAGCAUCCCCUCUGUGCUGCAAAGGGCUUGCUGCAGGCAGCAGCCACCCUCCGUUGUUGUAAGAUGAGGAUGUUGUACACCAUGGGUAAAGUCAUCAGUUUGUCCUGAGAUGCCAUAUCCUGCAGUAUUGGUACGCCAUUUCCCUUCAGCCAUGUCCACAGCAUCUAAAUUUAGAUCUCUAUUUCCCUCUAUAGCCGGAGUGAAGCAAGAACCUCCAGGAGGUGAGUCAGAGCACCUAAAAUAGCUGCCUAGAUAAGACAUUGUCAACUGCUGAGUGAGUCUUUACUCAGUCCGGUCACUGGGUCCUCAGUCUCAACAGUUUCAUUUGAUUCAAGAUAAAUAAAAGAUUAUUUAAUCUGUGGAUUUAUAAUUUAUGGACACUGUCUACUGAAAAUUUAUGGUCACUUUCUACAGCUUCCCACAGAGCAUUGCCUGUGCCUUGAGGCCAUGUGAGGCUCCUGGGAAGCCCACGUCUCUUCAGCAGAAUACAUUUGUAGGUAAAACACAAAUGCCAACUGAGCAAAGUUGUUAGAUUUAUGGAAACAAAAGAAUAAGAUUUGCCUGCUUAGGUCAUUUUCAUUCCCACCAGCACCUAUUGCUGGGACUUGUCCAGAACUGAUAGAGGGAGAGCAGCAUUUUGGAAUUAGGCACCAAUUCAGUACUUAGGUUUUCAAAUUACUGUUUUCUCAUCUAAAACUGUUUAGUAAAUAUUUGACAAUUUUUUCAUUCCUUCAGUUUACAUAUUUUUUUAAAUUUUCUUGGUUUUCUAUUAUUCUGCUUCUUCCUCUAUUUAAUUCUUUUUUUCAGUCUCUAUUUCUGCAUAAAAGUGGAUGGGGAAAAGCAAAUAAAAUAUAAAGUAAAGGGGGGAAAAAAGGAAGGAAACCAAAGAAGCAUGAAGAAUUGGAAAAAAAAUCCCACCUGUUUGAACAGUUAAAUGAGCUCUACAGAAGCUCUAACUCCAAGGAUGUGAGUGAAUAGCAGCAUAUGUAACAAUCUGAAAAUAGGUAUUUCUACAGCUUAUGCUUUAGAGGAAGAAUAAGUUUAAUGCUUAAACAUAAGACUUUUUAUGCAAUUUUUUAAUACUUUAUAUGAAUGUAAUUCAACCAAGUUCUUCAAGCUUGACAGUGGUAGAAGAGCAGAACUUUUGCCUCUGGCAAGCUGAAUUGUAUGCAGUAUAGCAGAGCCUUUAUAUUUAAAGGGUAUUUUUUUCAUGUAUAAACCUGACUGUGUUGUGAGACAGUUCUUUGGGGGCUUUAGCAAUAGACACAUAUUAAAUGUCAAAAUAAUUAUAUCAUGUAAAAUUAAAUCGUUCUAUGUUAAUUAUUGCAGUUUAAAUACUCAGGACAUGGGUGUUUUCCUGA